AUGGCUACCAUUGCUCUUAGACAGACAUCGGCACAUGCCUCCCGCGCGUCGUCCGUCCUUCUUGGAUUGGCCGGUGCUGCUGGUUUGGCCCUCUAUGCUGCCAACGAUAACCAAUCGUCCUACAAAUACUCCGGUUCCAGCUCCAAUGGUAACAACAACAACAAUAACAACAACAAUAAAAACAACGGCGGCAACUACAUCAAGGCUUUGUUCGGUGCAACCACCGCCGCCAACAUCAACAACGCCAUGUGCCCAGAAGGCAAGAAGUACGCCGACUUCCAGGAGGUCUACAACGACAUUGCCAAGAAGGUGCGCGACGAGGACGACGCCGACCGCGGUGCCGGUCGCUACGGUUUGUUGGUGCGUCUCUCGUGGCACGCAUCUGGUACCUACAACAAGAAGGAGAACUCUGGAGGUUCUUACGGUGGUACCAUGAUCUACUCUCCUGAGUCCACCGAUGGCGCCAACGCCGGUUUGGAGGUCGGAAGAGACUUUUUGGCCGAGAUCGGGGUCAAGUACCCCUGGAUCAGUAGAGGUGACUUGUGGACCUUGGGUGGUGUUGUGGGUGUGCAAGAGGCCGGCGGCCCUAAGAUUCCAUGGAGACCAGGCCGUGUCAAUGCUACUGACGAGUCCAAGGUGCCAGCUAACGGUAGAUUGCCAGACGCUUCCCAGGGCGCUUCCCACAUCAGAGACGUUUUCGGCAAGUACGGCUUCACUGAUGAGGAGACCGUGGCCUUGAUCGGUGCCCACUGUUUGGGUCGUUGUCACACCUGGAGAUCUGGUUUUGACGGUCCAUGGGGUCCUUCGCCAAACAUGUUCAACAACGCUUACUACGUGGAAUUGUUGAAGGAGUGGAGAGUCAGAGACUGGAACGGACCAAAGCAGUACGAGGACGUUGAGACCAAGGAAUACAUGAUGUUGCCAAGUGACAUGGCUUUGAAGGAGGACUCUGUCUUUGUCAAGAGCGUCAAGAAGUACGCUGCCAACCAGGACCUCUUCUUCGCUGACUUCACUAAGGCUUAUGUCAAGUUGCUCGAGAACGGAUGCACCUAUCCUAGAGGCACCAAGUACUUCGAGUUCAAGACCUUGGACGAGCAAGAGAACUAA